AUGGAACCAUGGCACAGUUACCACUUCUGCAUAAUUGACGGUGCCAGUGACCCCUUCUGUUAUUUGAAGUUGCAGAUUCUGCAUCAGAAGUCUCAUGGAUUGGAUGAGCAGACCGCUGCUUUAACGCUAGCCAAGGACCAGAUCACUGCGAAUGAGGUGAAGUCUGCCGUAUCUCAUGAUACUUCAGUGAUUGUUGAUAUACUUCGACCUCAGGCCGGCGUUCAAGAGAUCGUUCACAACCUCAGGACGGAACUCGCCGUUGCCCAUGAGCAGAAACUCGCGCUUGAGCGUGAGACCGCGAACCUCAAAGCCUCCUUCAAUCAACUUACUCGGGAAUCCGCCGCCUCGCUGGCAGCUGCUCAAGUGGACUUUGAGAAGAAGUUGAACAGGCAGGAGAAGGCUAACGAGCGACUUGUUUCGGCGCAAGAAAAACGCGCCGUUGCCGCUGAGAAGGCGGCCACGCUGGCGGAGAAUGACGCUAAAGAAGCAAGAGCGGCGAGGGAGGAACUUGCUGGUAGGCUGGCUUUGGCGGAGAUGUCUGUGAUUGCGAUUGCUGAGGAUGGCGAGGCUGCGGCGACGAGGGAGUCUGGGCAGAUGAAGGUCAUGAAAGCCCGAGCUGAGGAGUUGGAGGCAAGGGUGGGCGAAAUGACGAAGCAUGCGGAAACGCUUUUGAGUCGGUACCAUGAUGGGAACUUGACCGACUCAGAAAAGGACCUGGGAACCAUGUUAUUCUUCAAACGCAAACGAGUUACGAACAGGACGUCGUUGCUAAGGAUAAUGAGCUUCGAAAAGUUAAUGUCAUCAUAUACGGCCACAGGAGUUCAGAAUCCGGCUGUCGUUACGGCGCUUAUCAUGCCGUCCCCGCAGGAAGAAGUUUCGGUUUCGACUUCCCCAGCUGUUCAGAGGAAGGCCUCCGAUGGGCCUGUCAAGACUCGCCAGAAGAAGCGCAAGUAG